CCCCAACAAAAAGCCACACCCCGCCCCGCCAACUUACGUUUAAACCAGCCCCGCCUCCUCCCUCCAUCUCUGCACCGGCCCACCUGCGAUCGUCCCCAAGCCCGGCCUUCGCCGUCGUCCACUCUCACUGCCCGGACCUUGGCUUAACUCCGGGCUUGACUUUCUGUCUCUGCUCCGGUCUCCUCGCUGGUCCGGACUCCGCCCCUCUCUUAGAUUGUCCGUCUAGACUUGAGCUCCUUAAAUCCCUCCGCUGAAGCUCUUCCCUCUCCUGCCUAGUCCAGUGGGGGACUACGAGGGCCCGAGUUAUAGACGAGAAACAGAGGCUUUGCAAGGCUAAGUCACUCUCCAGGUCCCCAAGGCUGUCCGACCCCAACCAGGCUCUUGGCCACUGCAGGACAGCUGCUUGCCAGCCAGCGCCCACCCCUCCGCGAGAAGCAAAGCACACAGUAGGCGUUUCAAGAGUUAGUCCAGGAGUGGAAAGAGGGCGUGAGAUCCCAAGUGUCGGUGUCCUUUCACGAACGGGAUAAAUUGCGGGCUGCGGAUCCCGUUCGCCCCAGCCUCAGUUCGGUGCUAAACUCCCAUCGUUUCCACGGAGGCGGUUCCCUUCGUUGGGCAACAGCGGAGUCUACUUCCGCCUCCGCGCGAUGCUUUCUGGCCUCAGAGGCCCCCGUAGCCCCGCCCACCAGCAAGGCGGUCCUCGAGCAACGACAUUUCUGUGGCCGGCAUGAAGCCACCGCAGCGGCGGCGAACGGCCCCGGCGUGCUAUCUGUCUGAGGAGACCGGCCCCACGGCCUGGACCACCCGAGAAAAGCGGCAUCUACUGCGACUCCUGCAGGCGCGGCGGGGCCAACCGGAGCCGGACGCGGCCGAGCUGGCCCGGGAGCUGCCGGGCCGGAGCGAGGCUGAGAUCCAGCGCUUCCUCCAGCAGCUCAAGGGCCGCGUGGUCCGCCAGGCCAUUCAGAAGGUCCACCCACGGCGCCGGGACGCACAGACCCCAGCCCCCAUAGAAGUCUGGACGGAUCUGGCCGAGAAGAUAACCGGUCCGCUGGAAGAGGCCCUGACAGUGGCUUUCUCGCAGGUGCUCACCAUCGCUGCCACAGAACCAGGGCCCUUGGCUCUGGCCCUGAGGCUCCUGGCUCUGACCCUGGAGCACCUGUCCCUGUCCCUGGGGCUCCUGGCUCCACCACGGAGAUGUCUUGCUCUGCCACCAAGGCUCCUGGUCCCGCCCUUCCUGGCCCUGGGGCUCCUGGCUCUGGCCCUGAGGCUCCUGGCUCCGCCCCUGGAGCACCUGGCCCUGUCCCUGGGGCUCCAGGCUCCACCCCUGAGAUGCCUGGGGAGCCCGCCGCCUGGGGCCCAGGACAUUGGGACUGGCUCCAAAGGGCCAGAGGGGCUUGGCCCGACCACUCCCCACGCCGGAGAGAAUGCGGGGCUCAGCGACCUGAGGCCAGCCUGGCGAGCAGCCGGGAUCUGCCCGCUGAACCCGUUCCUGGUGCCACUGGAGCUCUUAGGCAGGGCAGCGUCCCCUGCGAGGUGAAAGGCACAGUGGAAGUCCUGCCUCGGCCCUUGGGCUGUCCCAAGAUCCGGUCAUGGUGGAAGGUCUGUGACAUGGAGCACCAGUGGCCUUUAAAAUGCCCAUUACACGGGGAUCACAGAAAUGGAACCACGGCUGUACAGACGGACGGCUCGGACAGCGAACAGCCUGAGGGGCUGUACCUACAAGCGGUGACAUGCUGGACAGGCGAGCAGACGGGCUGCCCGCCCCAGUCCCAAGCCUUGCCAUGCCUUGUUCUCUGCCAGGGGCCAGGACUGGCCCUGCACCCUGGUGUCCUUGCUGUUCCCUCCCCACCCCUCCCUGUCCUUCAGGGCCAGCAUCUCCCGGCCCUCUACCUGUCCCUCCUGUGAUCACUCCUGUAUGCCCUGCCACCACAACCCGUCACCGCCAAUAAAGUUCCCACCA